GUACGGAAGAAAAUAAAAUAUAUAUUAAAAAAAAAACCCCUGAUUGCCCCAAAAGCUGAAAUCCUUCUCUCGAUCUGCAAUUCCGCGAACGGAAUCCUCUUCUCUCUUUAGAUCUCGGCUUCGGAGAAGUCGCUCAAAUACGACGCCGUUCAGUUAGAUCUCUGAUGGCCCGUCACUGACGCUGUACGACGCCGGUUUAGUUGUGAGAGAUUGCCUAUUAAGUAGUAUACUUAGUCAUAUUAUUGAAAACCAUGGGGACUGAGAACCCUGGUCGGCCGAAUUUUCCCAUGAGACCUUCCUCUACCCCUUUUGCUUCUGCUCCUCCAACUAUGACACCUUUUUCAUCAUCUGGUCCUGUGGUGGGAUCAGAGGCCAGCAAUUUUAGACCUACUCCACCAGGUGCUCCCCCAACUAUGACACCUUUCUUAUCAGCUGGGCCAGUAGCUGGACCUGUUCGUUUUAAUGAUCCAUCAGUUGCAUCUCCACCCAUAACAUCUGCCCCACCUGCUGGGGGACUUUAUCAGCAAUUUCCAACACCACCAUUUCCUUCAACAGCCCAUGCUCCUCCUACUCGUGCACCACCUAUGGGGCAGCCACCAUUUCAACCUCCUGCAAGUCAAGUAUCAGCUCCACCAGUUUCUUUCCGGCCACCAUCACAAGUACCACCGGUGCCAAUGGGAUCUCCACCACAAAUUGUAAAUUUUCCUCCAUCUGGUGUGAAUGUUCCUCAACCUCCAUCAGAUUCAUUGCUUUCAGGGACUAGACCCAAUUUUCAGCCGACUUUCCCCACUCCAGAUACAUCUUAUUCUGCUACCAAAGCCACUUUCCAGCCUCCUUUUCCUGGAUAUCCAAGCAAGCAGCCUGUAGUUUCACAAGCACCAUUACCUUUUCCUGCUCAGCAAGGAAGUUUUAUGCCUCCUCCACCAGUAUCAUCUUCUUCCUUUCCUAUUCAGCAAGGAAGUUAUGUUCCUCCUCCACCAGUGGCAGCUCCCUUGGGCUAUCAAACAAGGGACUCAAUGCAACAUCCAGGCUCUGCACCUCCUAUUGGUGGCAUCCAAAGCUUGACUGAAGAUUUUAGUUCACUCUCACUUGCAUCUAUGCCAGGAUCAAUUGAGCCAGGACUUGAUUAUAAAACACUUCCUAGGCCAUUGGAUGGUGAUGUGGAGCCAAGUUCUUUCGUUGAGACAUACCCUAUGAAUUGUGAUCCUAGAUACCUACGACUUACUACAAGUGCCAUACCAAAUUCCCAAUCUUUAGUUUCAAGAUGGCAUUUGCCUCUUGGAGCAGUUGUUUGUCCCCUUGCAGAGGCUCCUGAAGGGGAAGAAGUGCCAGUAAUUAAUUUUGUUUCAACUGGUAUUAUUCGUUGUAGAAGAUGCCGCACUUAUGUGAAUCCCUAUGUCACAUUUACAGAUGCUGGAAGAAAGUGGCGUUGCAACAUCUGUUCUUUACUAAAUGAUGUUCCUGGUGAGUAUUUUGCAAAUUUGGAUGCUACUGGAAGAAGAAUUGAUUUGGAUCAGCGGCCUGAGCUUACAAAAGGCAGUGUGGAAUUUGUUGCACCAACUGAAUACAUGGUGCGGCCUCCAAUGCCGCCACUAUAUUUUUUUCUCAUUGAUGUUUCUAUAUCUGCAGUAAGAAGUGGUAUGAUUGAGGUUGUUGCCCAAACUAUCCGUUCAUGUUUGGAUGAGCUGCCAGGCUUCCCUAGAACACAGAUUGGAUUUAUUACGUUCGAUAGCACAAUUCAUUUUUACAAUAUGAAGUCAUCUCUUACACAACCUCAAAUGAUGGUAGUUUCAGAUCUGGAUGAUAUAUUUGUCCCAUUGCCAGAUGAUCUCCUUGUCAACUUGUCUGAAUCAAGAAAUGUGGUUGAAACAUUCCUAGAUAGCUUGCCCUCUAUGUUUCAGGACAAUGUGAAUGUGGAAUCUGCUUUUGGUCCUGCACUUAAAGCAGCAUUCAUGGUUAUGAGUCAACUUGGAGGAAAGUUGCUAAUUUUCCAGAACACAUUGCCUUCGCUGGGGGUUGGGCGCUUGAAGUUGCGUGGGGAUGAUCUUCGUGUGUAUGGAACUGAUAAGGAACAUACAUUGAGAUUACCAGAAGAUCCCUUCUACAAGCAAAUGGCUGCUGAUCUUACAAAGUACCAGAUAGGGGUUAAUAUUUAUGCUUUCAGUGACAAAUACACUGACGUAGCUUCCCUAGGAACCCUGGCAAAAUAUUCCGGAGGUCAAGUAUAUUAUUACCCGAGCUUCCAAUCAGGCAUUCAUGGAGAGAAGUUGAGGCAUGAAUUAGCCAGAGAUCUCACAAGGGAAACAGCCUGGGAAGCAGUUAUGCGCAUAAGAUGCGGAAAAGGGAUUCGAUUUACAUCUUAUCAUGGGAACUUUAUGCUGAGGUCCACAGAUUUAUUAGCACUUCCGGCUGUGGAUUGUGAUAAAGCAUAUGCGAUGCAGUUAUCCUUUGAGGAGACACUGCUGACAACUCAGACUGUUUAUUUCCAAGUCGCUUUACUAUACACGGCAUCAUGCGGAGAGAGGCGUAUCAGAGUACAUACAGUAGCUGCCCCAGUUGUUACAGAUCUGGGAGAGAUGUACCGCCAAGCUGAUACUGGUGCCAUUGUUUCUUUGUUUUGUAGGUUAGCAAUCGAGAAAACUUUGACCAAUAAACUUGAAGAUGCUAGAAAUUCUUUGCAACUAAGGAUUGUAAAAGCACUUAGAGAAUACCGCAAUCUCUAUGCUGUCCAGCAUCGCUUGGGAGCUAGGAUGAUUUAUCCAGAGUCUCUAAAGUUCUUGUGUUUGUAUGGAUUAGCUCUCUGUAAAUCAGUACCUCUAAGAGGAGGAUAUGCUGAUGCUCAGCUUGAUGAACGCUGUGCAGCAGGUUUCACCAUGAUGGCAUUACCUGUUAAAAAGUUGUUGAAUCUUUUAUAUCCUAGCUUGAUUCGUGUUGAUGAGUACCUUUUGAAGUCUGCUCAAGCUGAUGAUUUAAAAACCAUUGUGAAGAGACUGCCAUUGAUUGCAGAAAGCCUAGAUUCAAGAGGCCUUUAUAUAUAUGAUGAUGGCUUCCGCUUUGUUAUAUGGUUUGGUAGAAUGCUUUCGCCUGAUAUAGCUAGGAAUUUACUUGGGGCGGACUUUGCAGCAGAAUUAUCAAAGGUUACCCUUAGCGAGCAUGAUAAUGAAAUGUCAAGAAGGCUGAUGGGGGCAUUGAAGAAACUAAGAGAGAGCAACUGUUCGUAUUAUCAACUUUCUUAUCUUGUAAGACAAGGUGAGCAACCCAGGGAAGGCUUGCUGCUUCUUGUAAAUCUUCUCGAGGACCAGAUGGGCGGUACCAGUGGUUAUGUUGAUUGGAUAACACUAAUACACCGGCAAGUCCAGCAAAAUGCAUGAUGUACUGGUGGGGUUUCAUCAUCUCAUUAUUCUCUGCCUCAAAUGUUAUAAAUUCAAUCUGUAUUCAGUCUCCGGUCGCCCCCUCAUAUCUUGGGUGUUGAAUAUAUAGAACAGAUCACCCGGAAUAUUUUCAGGAAAUGAUUUUAUUUGUUCAUUACAGGAUUCAAUAACUAGGGGAAAAAAAAAAAAAGAAUGUGAUAUUGCACUGCUUUCAUAUUGAAGUGCAGAACGGAUUAAAUUUUUGUAUGUGACAGUUAAAUUAUUGGCAGCAAAUUUUUGUGUCAUAA